GUUGAGUCCCCUCAGCCUCUCAGCCUCCCUGACAUCCACAGCGAGAAGUGAUGCAGCGCGACUGAGACGCGCAGUUGAGGUGGAACAACGGGCAACAAAAAAGCUGCAGCGAACGGAUACACACUUGGCUCCGACGUGCGCCUUCGACACGCCGGGAACAUUUCCUCCCUAGAAUAAACUUCAUUAUCAGAUGCUGGUUGCCGCCCAAUGUGAGUCUGAGGAGCCUUUCCUGCUUCAGUAGAUUACAGCAUGAGAACUGAUCCGAUACUCUGACCGAAAACAAACACAAAAAAAAACCCUGGACACAGACCACUGAGGAGUGGAAAGAAAACAGAAGGCUGUGGUGGCGUGGCCAUGGAUAGAAGGAAAGUUUGCAUAUUUAUGGUGCUGUGGGCCAUGGUCCACCUCAGCUCUCCAGGUCAAGGGCUCAGGGCCUUGAGAAGGACUACAGGGGGGCGGAGGGGGUCAGGACUGACAGGACAGGAUGCCAACGGAGUGCCACUGAGACGCUCUAAGCGAGGUUGGAUGUGGAACCAGUUCUUUUUGUUGGAGGAGUACACCGGGACCGAUAAGCAGUACGUCGGAAAGCUUCACUCGGAUUCUGACAGAGGCGAUGGCAGCGUGAAGUAUGUCUUGACAGGGGAAGGAGCCGGGACCCUCUUCAAGAUAGAUGAAAAGUCAGGGGACAUCCAUGCCACCAAGAGGCUGGACAGGGAGGAGAAGGCCUUCUACAUCCUCCACGCCAAAGCUGUCAACCGCUUCACCAACGAAGCGCUCGAGGGCGAGUCCGAGUUCAUCAUCAAGAUCCACGACAUCAACGACAACGAGCCGCGCUUCACCAAGGACCCGUACAUGGCCAGAGUCCCUGAAAUGUCUGACAUUGGCACCUCAGUAAUUCAGGUGACAGCCACAGACGCCGAUGACGCCACGUACGGGAACAGCGCCAAAGUUGUCUACAGCAUCCUGGAGGGCCAGCCGUACUUCUCCGUGGAUCCAGAAACAGGCCUGAUCAAGACAGCCCUGCCUGGCAUGGACAGGGAAGUCAAAGAAAACUACCAGGUUGUGAUCCAGGCUAAAGACAUGGCCGGACAGAUGGGCGGGCUCUCAGGAACCACAACGGUCAGCAUCACCCUCUCAGACGUGAACGACAACCCACCACGCUUCACCAAGACCCUCUAUGAGUUCAGGGUACCCGAGUCCAUCGAGGUUGGGUCUGCGGUGGGAGUGAUCCGAGCCAUGGACGCGGAUAUUGGCCAGAAUGCGGAGAUGGACUACCGGAUUAUUGGGAGCGAUGGGCCUGGGAUGUUUGAGAUCACCACCAAUAGGAGCACACAGGAGGGUGUCAUUUUGCUGAGGAAGGUCAGGAUCAUCGUCGAGGACGUGGAUGAGCCGCCCGUGUUUGAGCGCGCCAGCUACGUAAUGGAGGUGAAAGAAGACGCGCCCAAGAACACCGCCAUCGGCUCCGUCAGCGCGUCUGAUCCGGAUGACAAAAACAGCCUCGUCAGGUACACUAUUGAUCGGCGCACAGACAUGGACAGAGUGUUCAACAUCCAUGCAGGCAACGGGUCAGUGUUCAUCCUCAGGGAGCUGGACAGAGAGGAAAACGCUUGGCACAACAUCACCGUCAUCGCCACCGAGUUCACCAACCCGCGACAGAUCAGCCGGGUACCUGUAUACGUCAGAGUCCUGGACGUCAACGACAACGCUCCAACAUUCGCCACCAAUUAUGAGACGUUUGUGUGUGAGAACGCUAAGGCUAAUCAGGUGAUACAAACCGUGGGCGCCACAGAUCCUGAUGCCCCGCUCGGAGGACACCGGUUCUUCUUCAAUCUUGCUCAGGAAGCUGCUGGAAAGGCAAACUUCUCUGUCCACGACAACAAAAACAACACAGCGUCAAUCCUCACGAGGAGAAACAGUUACAGCACCCUGCAAAAGAGCGUCCACCAUGUGCCGGUGGUCAUUUCUGAUGGGGAGUUCCCAAUGCAAAGCAGCACCAACACACUGACCAUCAGAGUCUGCACCUGCGACCGCAAGGGCAACAUGAAGGCGUGCAACGCAGAGGCGCUCACAGCGAGGGCGGGGCUCAGCACCGGCGCCCUGGUGGCCAUUUUGCUUUGUGUCGUCAUCCUGCUCAUGAUCGUGGUACUGUUUGCUGCCCUGAGGAGGCAGAGGAAGAAGGAGCCUCUGAUCAUCUCCAAAGAGGAUGUCAGGGACAACGUCGUCAGCUACAAUGACGAAGGGGGCGGAGAGGAGGACACCCAGGCCUUUGAUAUCGGCACACUGCGCAACCCGGAGGCCAUCGAGGAGAGCAAACAGAGGAGAGACAUCGUCCCCGAGGCCUUCUACCCUCCGAUCCGACGGCCUGUGCUGCCCCCAACUCGGGACAAUAACGGGGACGUGAGAGACUUCAUCAACCAGAGGCUCCAGGACAACGACAGCGACCCGACGGCGCCGCCUUACGAUUCCCUGGCCACCUACGCCUACGAGGGGAACGGCUCUGUAGCGGAGUCCCUCAGCUCGCUCGAGUCAGUGACCACUGAGAGUGACCAGGACUACAACUACCUGAGCGAGUGGGGACCCCGGUUUAAGAAACUAGCGGACCUGUACGGGGGCGACGACAGCGACAGGGAUUCCUAACGAGAACCUGGCACACAGACAAGGAGAAAAAACAAAAAUCCCAAACACAUGUUGAAAACAUCCGGAGGGUUCUGGUGCACGUGUGGCGAGUGAAAUGUCGAAAGGACGGAGAAACGAGCGCCGUCUGUCCGAGUGCUCUUUCACCGCCUUCGAUCACCGUUCAGUUGUCCCCUCCGGUGACCAGACGUAGGCUUUGUGUGUCCAGUCAGUGUUAGUUGCGUUUUUGCGAGGGCACAGUUAAAACAGACUUUGUGUCAAGACUUUUUGGUUUUUGUGUGUGUAUAUGGGGUGUACAUGAGGCCCAAAUAUAUCUAUACCGAUAUUUUUUUGUUUCUUUGUUUCUUUUUUCUCCAAAGCUGCCUGUGACGGACACUUCAACAAGCAGUUUUGUAAACCAACAGAUAUGCCUAUGUAUUUUUCAGUGUUUCUGGGACAAAAACAUGCUGCAUAUUGUGAGUUCUAUCUUAGCUUGUGUAUGUACGGUAAUAUGAUACAAUACGCUGUACAGUUGUUUUGUUUUUCUAGGGAUUUCUAUCUUCCAAACAAUCCCCUCUUUCAGCAAUGGCUGCCUCACUUUAAACACUUAGCCACAGUUUGAGUUUGAGCCACAAGAAAAUGAAAAAUAUGGUUCCACACAAGGUGGGGGAGAUAUACAACAUCAAAUUUUGAGUUAGUUGUGGCAGGUGUUGAAAAGUGGUGGUUGUUCUUUAAUGCUUAUAUAAAGCGGUGGUAAAGGACUGCUACUACAAACACCUGCAAACACACUGGUUUAUCAUUUUUACAGUAUUUGAUUUUCAUCACCACACGGCUUAAAGCAUUUGCUGUGAGGUGGGCUGAAAUACCAAAUAUUUCCUUAUUGAGCUGAAUGUUGUCAGCAGUCUUUUUUUCUCUGUGCAGGGUGAAAUAUGAAGUGCACAGAAUAGUGUUAUUUUCUAUGCUGCAAUGCAAAUCCACAAGUCUAACAUGUGUCGGGCUCAGUUAGGGGGAAAAUGCUGGUCUUGUUGGACCUUUUUGCUCACUUCACUUCAGAAACACAGAGUUGGAAGAUGCUGAGAGGAUGCCACCGAGCCUGAAAUUACAGCAUUAAAUUAGAUUAGGUUAAACAUCUUGUGGACAGUUACCAUUAAAAUUCAUUAUGCAAUUUUAUUUUCUUCCCUUAAAUGGCUCGUUUUAUCUGUUCAAGAGAGAGAGUGAAAGGAAAGGUAGCACUUGAAUCAAUGUAAGCAGCAAAAACAAUAGGGACAAAUUGACUGGAGCCUAAAGAAAUAAGUCUGCAUUAAUGUGAAGCUUUACAUCUUCACGCAAAGCGUCAUAGCUCAUGAAACGAAUCAAGAAAGUUGCCUUAAAUUUAAAGAAAAAGAGCAAAAAGAACCCCGCAAAAUAAACACAGACACACAAAGAAAACAGCAAAAUGCUUCCACAGACUUCAUUCUCUUCUCACUAAGGAAAAAUAAAAGGCUAAAUCAGUGGUUUUCAUCCUUUUUCAUUUGACAUAUCCCCAGUCUUCUGUCUUUUUGCUAACUGUUGUUAGCUAAUAAUUUAACUGUUAACUGUACUUAAGCGAAAAUGCAUUAUAUUAAUACCUAAUUUCAGCCAACUAUCCUUUAAGCUAACAACUUUCUUUGUACUGUUAGCUAACACUUGAUGGUUUUCCAGUCUUUCACCUUGCUACUAUGCUAAUUCAUAGUGCUAGCUAACAACAUAGCUACUAACUACACUUCAACCAAAAAAAGCCCACUAUGCUUUGUCCAUAGUUUCAACUAGCUACUGUUUUCUGUAUUUCUAUUAUGUUGUGCUAUCAGUUGUUUUGUACUGUUAACAGACCAUACAAAAAAAAAUCAGCACUGCUGUAUUUAUAAUUUUAGCUAGCUGUUCAUCCAUUCUGUUUAGCUAAUAGCAUUUUUUGCUCUAUUAACGAACAGUUGCUAGCUCUACUCUUUACUGAGACUUUUAGUAACUAUUUAAAUGUCACUUUUGAUUUUAGUCAGACAAUAACUUUUUUUCCCGUUAAGUGUUGCUAACAAUUGUAAAGAGGUGAUGGCAGUCAGGAUGAAACAUCGAUAACUAGGCUUUACUUUACUACACACACAAAACACAAGUAACCAAUAUAUUCAAAAGUGUUAUUAUACAACACUGUAUUAACAAAAACAAUUAAAUUUGAUAAUUUUUGUAGUGAUCUUUUCCCCAAUUUUUAUUUAUUAGAAUUCUUUUUUUCUCCAAAUCAAAUGUUUUUAUGUUCAUGGUACACUUUACUGGCUGACUGGCUAGGUUCAAGGCUUAAAACUUUUUAUCGUGUAUUAAUUUUAUGAAAGAUCAUUGAAGAAGAUGAAUGGGAAACAUACGUCCAGAGCCCUUAAAAAAAAUAGGGCGGUCACUCUUUUGCAAAAGAGUGAUAAAUGUGUCACACUACCUACCUUAAACACUAUUUAGCUAAGAUUUUGUGUCCUGAGAAGGGCUCCGUCCUGCACUGUAGAAUGUAUAAUAAUGUAACAUAGCAGUACAGUAAUAGAAAUGUGCCAAAAAGCAAAGAACACCAGUAUUUUCCUUUAAAAAAACCCCUUCCAUUAUUUUAGUCUCUUCCUUUGCCCUUCAUUACGUGUACUGUAUGUAGUGCUGAACAUGAAGCUGGUUCAAAUGUUCAGGCUUUACCCAACUGAUUUCCUGUGGGACUAACAGCCCUUUCCAUAAACAUGCUUAUCAAGGGGCACCUGACCUUUGCGUGGUGUGGAAUUAGGUUCUUAAGCCCAGAGGUGUGUCCUCGGCUCAGAGAGAAGGUCAAAACAUUAUCCUGCAGCAAGAUCACAAAGGUUUAAUUUUUCAAAAGUAGGAGGAAACUUGUGAAAAUGAUCUCUACCACAACAAAAUUGGGAAAUUACUUUAAAAGCUGCCUAACUACAAACACACAGCUGUGAAACAGAGAAAAUGUCUAAACCAGGAGGGCACAAUGAUAUCAACAGGAAAAAAAAAAGGCCAGCUAAAACAAGCUCUGCCCUCACUUUAGCAAAAGGCCAACCAGUGAAGAGGCUGACAUUUAUCAGACAUUUGAAACAGUAAUAACAAAACACAAUGGCAUAAUUGCCAUAGUGCUACUUUUUUCCCCUCUAUCACGAGCCAGCUGAUUGCACAGUGGUUGGAAAAUUCUUUAUAUCAUAUACACGAGUUCUCUUUUCUAUUUCUUGGCCGCCUUGUUUUGUUUAUUAGCUUGUUGCUGGAGCUCCUGUUGUGUAAGUGGCCAUUUCAGACUGUGGUAACGUUGCUAUGAUAAGCAUUUAAUGGGUUUAAAGACCCUUCAGUAUAAGAAAACUGCUUUUCCGCCUCCAGGUGCAAUGCGAGGUCUCAAAUGAAAGUCAACAUGACAGCAGCACUCACCAAAACCAUUUUUUUCCCCUUCAGUCGUCACAGUUUUCUGUCUUCAUACAGGAUGUCAGCAUAUCGCCAUCACGAAGCCGUACUUGUGUUUUCCUACGGCGAGUGUAAUUGUCUACAAGCGUUGGCGCCGGGCUCAGUUAAAGUCGUCGAAAACGUUACACGUCCAAACAAACCAUGCUGCCACAUCAUUUUUUUUCCCUUAAAGCUGAGGCAACUAGAUGGUGACACUGAUGUCCUCUUUCUCCAGAUAAAAUAGAUCUGUGGUUGUUGAUGUGUAGACAUGGUCGCUCUCGGGGCUCAACUCUACUACGCUAUAUUAUGUUGGUGACAAUGUGAUUGAGCAGUUCUGUCAAUGUAGAAACAAUUUGAGAGGUCGUGGUACUUGUAAGGGGCCCUGCAUCACUGGCCAUCCAUCAAUCUGCUUUGUAAACCGUGAUAUUUUGUACUGAAUAUUUAUAUGACACAAUUAAAUAUCUUUAA